AAAUUUUCAUAGGAUUAUUUUCAGUCAGAGCGCUUCAUUUUUUUCAUUUUUCAAAAAAGGCUUCACACGAAUUUUCGCUUCGCAUUAUAAAAAAAAAAAAUAUUCUUACGCCUCCAGACUUUAAAGAAAUAUCGCCAUUCCGAUGGAGUUGGGCGAAAAACAAUCGUGUGAUGGCUUUACGCUCGAUACCACCUCAAGUUCGAAAAUUAAUGUGCCCUGCGGUGAUCUUGAACCGCGGCGAAUAGCUGAACACAUUGAGAAGCCAGAGAAAUCAGAAGAAUCAGACGAUCCAUGUGCGCACCUGAUAUCCACGUCAUCUUCCUCGUCGACCAACACAAUGUUGAGUCAAUAUUUCGGUUCCGAGUGUCAGAAACGCGAUCAUACGCGUAAAGAACCACCCAACAUAGGCUAUGAGCUGAAUGUGGCCAAAACUAUUAUGCAACAAUAUAGCACUAUUAGCGGAGAUAAUUUAUUUGAUCACUUAUCGGACAUUAUCAAACGAGUUAUUGACGAGCGUCCACCGAACGUAAUAGAUUUCUUUGAAGAAUUCAGUCGCAAUGUACGUGAGCAGAAGUUGCAUUUACCAGAGCGUUUUCCACCGGAUGGAGUCUUUGAAGAAUCUCGCAUUUAUCGUGUGGCGAAGAAGUUUCUUUUGUCUAUGAAGUUACCCGUACCUGAACCGAACGAGCUGCAGGUCGCUGACGAAAUGGCCACUGUCGAGGAGUCCAAAUCUGCCAUUCUAGACGGUAUUAAACUCGACAUAUUAGACUUGAGCCGUUUCAUAACCUUUGACGAACGUGUGCAACAUUUGCAAUUCUUCUGGAAUCAAUGUGGUUUCGGCAUAAACUCGGAUGAUAUCUUUCAACUCGCCUGUGCCAUGGAUCGCCUACAGACACAUCCCUCUAUAAUGCAAUGUCGCUUUUGGGGUAUGAUAAAUGGACUCAAAGCUUCGUAUUACAUUGUAGAGGCGUCAUUAUCGCAUGAAGAAGUACUGUCGCGCGUUGAUCAAAUGACAGAAGAAUUACAAGAAAAACAUAAGGAAAUGCUUCACCGCAUGGUUUCUGGUACAAAGCCGCUACCGACAUUUGUUGGGCCCGAACUAACGCCCGGCAAAUUAGGUUGGGAUGAUCACCCAAUUGAAGAAAUUGAAAAAAUGGUGCCAGAAGCUGCACCCAUACCAUUGGCUGAAACUAAAGAAACUUUCAAUAUACCACCAGAGACUGUCGGUACCGGCGCAAAUCGCUUUUCGUAUUUUGUGGUGAACUCAGUAUCCGAUGAUUGGAUGGAAUUGCCAAUGGUAACGCCUUCGCAAAUAAAAUUAUCACGUGAGAUAAAGAAAUUUCUAACGGGUGAUCUUGAAGCUGACAUUCAAUCGUAUCCAUGCUUUCCGGGGAAAGAGAAACAUUAUCUGCGUGCGCUCAUAGCGCGAAUAACAGCCGGUACAUACAUUGCACCCUACGGCUACUAUAGAACAAUGACGAAGAGAGAGAGACGUAUGUACGAUGGUAUAGAAGAUGAUGAAGAGGAGGAGGAGGAGGAACCAUCUCUUUUAGCCGAAGGCGAAGAAGACAUUAUUGAUAAUGACAUAAUGCUAUUGAAGAAUGAAAAAUAUCAACCGGAACCCCUAGAGACUCUUACAAAAUUACACAGAUGGUUGCAUGUAAGACCGAAUAUAUUGCGUCAGGGCCGCGUACUUUGGUAUGAUGAAUUGAAGGCACAUAAGUUGCGUGAAAAGGAAUUGGAGCGUCUACGGAAACUGCUACGUAUGGAAGAGAUGGGCGAGGAAGAAGAGGAUUUGGAACAAGAAGAAGAGGAGGAAGAUGAAGACCUUGAGGGUGAGGAGUUUUCCGUACCCGAAGAAGGACCACCGAUACUGCAUCCCUGCUCAAAUGAUCUUAGUGAUCAAUUCACCAUGCCGUGGGUAACACGUUUCACCAGUAAGUACACCAAUCGCAAUGAACGUAUACUCAUCAUACAAUCGAAUAUCUGGCCGGGUGCUUACACCUUCACCUUUGAAAAGAUGUGCGAGUCGAUAUAUGUAGGUUGGGGUCACAAAUAUGUGGCACGUAAUAUGCCAUUGAAACAUCUGCCACCUGUUUUGGAAGAAUAUCCACAUGAGGAUGAAGACUUCAUCGAGACCACAGAUCCAACGCCGGAGGAGGAGGAAGCCUAUCGUUUGAGCUUAAUCAAGAAAGUAAAGAAGGUGGACGAUGAAUUUUUGGAUGAAUAUGACGAAGAACUUUCGGCCGAAACUGCGGGUGAAGAUGAAGCAUGAUUUAUUGAAAUAUUUUUGGUUUUUAGUGCAACAAUUUUUGCAAACGUUUUAUAAAUGAGAUGAAAUGAAAUUUUAUGAAUUACA